AUGGCUAAUUUGUUCUUUAUUAACCAAGAAUUUUUAAAAUCUGAAGAUUUCGACAAUCUUGUUGAAAGAUAUCAAAAUGAAAGUCAUUAUACAUUCGGUAGAUACGAUUCUCGAACCAUGCAGACUUAUUGUCAAAAUAAUGGUAGAAAUGUUGAUGAUUACCCUAAUUGGUCACAUUACUAUUAUUAUAUGCGUUGCUCAAGAAGUGGAAAUUACGUCCCGAGAAAAAAAUGCGGCGUUCAUUCUCGAGAUGUAGAAUCGAAGAGAAUUGAGUGCCCAGUAAAGCUUCACGUUUCCGCUGACUUAGAGAGGAAGGUAUUGGUUGUAACAGAAUGGAUAUCGAAUCAUAAUCAUAAGCCAGAAAAUUCAAAUGAUCAUUUGAAAGUCUCGGAAAUUCUGAAGAGAAUAAAAAGUAAUAUUGCUUUUGAUGAAAAUACGGCUCGUCAAAAGAAAAAAAUGCUCAUUAAUUUGUUAGAAAGCUUCAAAAAAAUCGAUGAGAAUGAACAAAUUUCAUCAGAUGUUGAGUCAACGCAUUCUAGUAUUACGCCUCAAACAAACAAUUCACCACUACACCUUGAUCUUCCGGCAACACCAAGUCAUCCUCCUGUCAACGUAAAGUCUUCAGCUUCGAUGGAAAAAUUACCACAAAAAUCAAAACCAGUUUUGAAUUCUCCACCCAACCUUGUCCUGAGGUAUAGGUCAGAAGAAAAAAAUUUGCAACCAUCGAUCCUAUUAGAACGAAUCAACGUUCAGACUAGCACAUGUGGACGACCUAAGCGUCAAAGAAAACGCGCUUUAGGUUCUGACUUUUAUACUUAUGGAACCGCAAAGCUUAAAAAAAAGAUUUAA